AAAAGAACAAAAAUUACAAUACAAACAAGAGUAAAUAUAACAAUUCAAGACAAAAAUAUCGUCAGGGGUACAUAGUCUGCAAAUACCCCCCUUCCAUUUUAAAAUGCUCAAACAGAGGGUACUUCCCAGACCGCUUCAUAUUAUGUAUAUAAUAACGUGCCAUUAUAAUAGUUACAUGUAUUACAAACGAAAUUUUAAUAUUGUUUUCAGUGGGGCUGAAACUUAACAUAACAUCUUUUUCAUCAAAACAAAUAUCAAUCUUGGUUUCUUUUUUAAUAUAAGUCUGCAACUUAAUCCAGUUUACCCUAGGACAGAACCAAAACAAAUGCUGAAUAGUUUCAGGGCUAUUGUCACACAAAAAAACACAUUUGUCAUCUAUAUUAAUUUUAAAUCACUGGGUAUGUCCAGUCCACUCGGGCCCUGAAUCACAGAGACCAACUAUCGCUUUAAGAGUGAAAACCGAAGCUCUUUUACAAGCAGAGCAAGGGGGGAGGUUAUCAGCUGACUGGCCUGUUCCGUCGCGACACAUGACCAGUGCUGUUUUUGUAGGAUACUGGGACGUUGCUGCCAGCGGAUGAACUCUUUGCUUUGACUGCUGGCGAAGAUUAGAUUUCACGCGUGUUGUACGGCUUCUCCGGCCUCCUGGCGACUGCAUCUGUCUCACCCCGUGGAGGGAGAGAGAAAAAAAAAAUGAUUUCAAUCAGAUUAUGGCUGACGGCUUUAUUGAAUUACUUGCUGGUCAGCGCCGGCUGGUUUCCCACUUACUCGAGAGUGGAGGCGACGUUUCACAGACCCAACAUUGUCCUCAUCCUGGCAGACGAUUUAGAUGUCGCGAUCGGUGGGAUGAUUCCAUUGAAAAAGACUAAGAAGCUCAUUGGUGAAGCUGGAAUUUCCUUUACAAAUGCAUAUGUAGCCAGUCCCCUGUGCUGCCCCAGCAGAGCCAGCAUCCUGACGGGGAAGUAUCCUCACAACCACAUGGUGGUUAACAACACCCUGGAGGGGAACUGCAGCAGCCCAGCCUGGCAGAAGAGGCACGAGCCAAACACCUUCCCAGCACUGCUCAGCCGACACGCCCAGUACCAGACCUUCUUCGCAGGGAAGUAUCUGAACGAGUACGGAAACUCCGAGGCUGGUGGAAUUGAUCAUGUGCCUCCUGGCUGGGAUCAUUGGUUCGGUCUGGAGAAGAACUCCAAGUACUACAAUUACACGCUGUCAGUGAAUGGCAAAGCAAGGAAACAUGGAGAGAACUACAGCAAGGACUACCUAACAGACGUGUUGGCAAACGCGUCGCUGAACUUCCUAGAGUACAAGUCCUCCUCCAGGCCUUUCUUCCUGAUGAUCUCCACGCCCGCACCCCACUCUCCCUGGACAGCCGCCCCGCAGUAUGAGAAAAGCUUUGCAGACGUCAGAGCCCCCCGCGAGGCUAAUUUCGACGUUCACGGGAAGGGGAAACACUGGCUGAUCCGACAAGCCAGGACCCCGAUGUCCAAUUCCUCCGUCCAGUUCCUGGACGACGUCUACAGGAGAAGGUGGCAGACUCUGCUGUCUGUAGAUGACCUUGUUGAAAAGCUGGUGCAGCAUCUGGACACAAGUGGAGAGCUGCAGAACACAUACAUAUUCUUCACCUCUGACAACGGCUAUCACACAGGCCAGUUCUCCCUACCUGUAGACAAGCGACAGCUCUAUGAGUUUGACAUCAAAGUCCCCCUGCUGGUGAGAGGGCCUGGCAUCAAACCCAACCAGACUUGCCAGAUGCUCGUCGCCAAUAUAGAUCUUGGGCCAACGAUCAUGGACAUCGCGGGACACAGCGUGAACCCGACGCAGAUGGAUGGGAUGUCUUUUCUGCCCCUCAUGAGCGGCCAGGGGAAUAACGUCACCUGGAGGACCGACGUCUUGCUGGAGUACAACGGGGAAGGAGGAGACGAUGGUGACCCGUCCUGCCCUGUGCUGGGACCGGGAGUGUCGCAAUGUUUCCCAGACUGCGUCUGUGAAGACGCCUCCAAUAACACGUACACCUGCGUCCGGACCCUGGCGAGGGGAGCGAACCUGCAGUACUGCGAGUUCGAGGACAGCGAGCUCUUUGUGGAGGUUUACAACCUGACGGCCGACCCGUUCCAGCUGAUCAAUAUCGCCAAAACCAUUGACCAGGAGGUGCUGGAGAAGAUGAACCGCAGGACCAUAAUGCUGCAGACCUGCUCCGGGCUCAGCUGCCGAACUCCUGGCGUGUUCGAGCCGAGGUACAGGUCUGAUGCACGGUUCGUGUUGAAUAGCAACCAUCCCAGGGCAAGAGAGCUGCUGAAGUCAUUGAAGUAACGUAGAGACUGGCCUGGAGGACAAACCCCAACCACAUAUCCUAUCUGUCCUCGCAAAGACUUCCUUUUUGGCUGUCUAAUACCGCCUCUGCUGCAGAAGACGGGCACAAAGACGAUGUGAUCAAGUAUGUGCAGGACUGAUAAGCUGCCUCCAGAAAACUCGGGCCUUAACCCGAAAGCUUUUACAAUUCUAAUACGGUUAUAUACAACACUGAAAAAGCACCACCGUUUUAAGUAUAAAAAGAAUAUCUCACCUUCAGCCUUUUGCAGCACUUCUAAAACGUGUGGACUCUUAGCCAGCAUUGACGAAAUAACUGUGCAUAUCUCCUGCACGACCCAGCUGAACGUCAAGCAUAUUAAUCAACCACACACUGACAUUUUUCACAGUACACUUUCACUUAAGAGUUAUUUAUAGAUCGUCUCGACAAAAGGACACACUAGACUGAUAAUGCCUGGACUGGCUCACAGUCUCCGUCUGUGGAUAUGUUUUUGUGAAAUUUGUUGCAGCUCUUUUGAUAACACUAGUCAUUUCCCAACACAGCCUGGUUUUCUUUCCCACUAGUGUCUAGUUGAGUGUUUUCAGGCUGUGAUUUCAGGUUCUGUACGGAAUCUGUGGGUUGAAACUAUUUUUUAAGUGUCCCGGUAGUGGAUGUCCUUGAGUUUGGGGUUGAAACCUGUGAUCUGCCCUUCUAAGGAGAAAAAGUGCCCUUGUUUUCAAAUACUUGCUGCAAAAAGAUGGAUAAAGUUGCAACGCAGGCACUCCUGAACUUGCUCUGUGUGUAUAUACGCAGGAUUCAUACUAUGCAUUGAGACGAGAUCAUUGUCUAUGUCUGGCGGUUGUUGGCCUAUUCCUAUAAUAUAUGAUGCAACAGGCUAUAAGAAACCAGAAAAGGUUUGAUUUUUACCAAGUUUGCAAUUGAAAAAAGCGACACCCCCCUCCAGCGAUACUGCAAUCCGAUCAUAAACAGGAGUGAAAGCUGGUUUCCUCCUUAAAGAGACUGACAUGUGACAUCUCUGCGUUAUCGGAGCAGCAGAAAAAAAUCAUUUUUUUUCUUCUUCUUAAACAUCAUGUGCUUGACAGCAAAUCUCCUAGGACAAGUAAGAUAAGAGGGACAACCUGAUGGCGCAGUGGUGGGCACUGCUGCCUCACAGCACUGAGGCCCUGGGUUCAAUUCCUGGGGUGCUGUCUGUGUGGAGUUUGCAUGU